AUGAGAGAUUCAGCUGAAUUCCCGAUGAGUCUCUCGCAAAAAAACUAUUUGAAAACUACUAAUAAGGCUGCUCGAAACUCUCUGACAACCAACGACCGGUUUCGUCCACGUAGGCACAGUCCCCGAGUUCCCGUCAACCCUAUGUUCUACCUGAACCCAAAUUGGGCAGAUAUCGACAAAUACUCUCUUUCGCAUAUCAAACUGUUGACGGGAACUCGGGGACUAGGCCUACCUAUGAGCCCCAAAAAGGGCAAAACCGGUCGUUGGCUGUCGAAGAGUUUUCAACAACCUUGGACUGAAAAAAAUCGUUCAGCUGUAGCACCCUUUCGGUACCUAACUGUCAUGCCACCCGAAGGUUGCUCGAGGGCUGAGAUACUGCCAGGUCGCCCAAGCCUAGACAGGGGAAGUCGAGUGGCAGAGGUCGGGUUCGAACCAUGGACCUUCCGGUCAGUAACCACUGGGCCACUAACCACUGGGGCCAUCUCGCCCCCCAUGUUAAGGACUGAUGUUUGA